AUGGAUUACAUCAAGAAGGCAAUAUGGGGACCAGACCCUAAGGAACAGCAUAGAAAGUGUAAGCAGCUCACACGUCGUAAUGCCCGUCAGUUGGAGAAGAGCAUCCGCGAGAUCAAUGCGCUCGAGAAGAAGACGGAGACGUUGAUCAAGCAAAGCGCUAAGAAGAACGAUAUGAAGAGCGUCAAGGUGUACGCCCGCGAGUUGUACGGGAUAAAGAAACAGCAGUCGAGGCUGUACAAGUCAAAGGCGCAGUUGGAGAGCGUUGGAAUGCAGAUCGAUGAGAGCUUUGGCAUGUUGAAGUUACAGCAGAACAUGGUGAAGUCGUCCAGUAUCAUGCGCGAGGUGAACAGCCUCGUGAGACUGCCACAGUUGACAGGGACCAUGAGAGAGUUGGAGCAGGAGUUGAUGAAGAGCGGGAUCAUCAACGAGAUGGUUGGCGACACGCUGGACACGAUGGACGAGGUGGAAGACAUCGAGGAAGAGGACGAGAUCAACGAGGAGAUCAACAAGAUUGUAUCGCAGUACACCACAGAGAAGUUUGACAAGGUCAACAACCUACCACACACACAGCUGGAGGAGCCGGCACCUCAACACGCGGAGCCAGAGUUGGAGGAGGAGGACGACCACGUGCUGAACGAGAUGAGGGAAAGGCUAAAGGCUUUACAGAACUGA